CCUGGAAAGCCGAAACUAAUAUUUUUGUUGCACUUGUUUUUUCCACAGGCUGUUAGAAAACUAGUUUAGAUCUCACUCCAAAGUGAGUGCAUGAGCAUACUCCCUUUUGAAUUUGAGCAUUCCCGUAAUCAAAAUGAUUAAAUCAAGAGCUAUUGUGCUUGGAAGCAUUUCAGGAUUAGUUGUUCUUGGAGGUGUGGCUUUCGCUCUUCUUUUGUACUUCUUUGCUAACUUUUUUGAUGAUGCCAUAAAGAAAGAGGUCAAGUCAACUGAUUUCACAACAAAGUACUCAACUAGAGAAGAUUCUAAUGAUGAGAAAGAUUGGUCUGAAUCUUUUAAGAUUAUCCAAUCGUUUCCAUUUUGGGUUUUAGGCUUUCUAUACAUCAUUCCUGGGUGUUUAGGUGUUAUUGCUGCUUUAGUCCAGAACAAGUGCAUGUAUGUGACCUCCCUGGUGUUCUGUAUCCUGUCCCUGCUGGUGAUGGGUGCUCUGAUUGUCGUAUCUGGCCUAACAGUAGUCCUGCUUCUAUUUGGUGCAGCUAUAUUCUCAGCAUCCUGUGAAACUGUUGGUGACAACAAGUGCACAUGCAAGGGUCCAGAUGGUCAGGUGACUAGUUUCCAAGAGACAUGUGACACAUUUGAAACAAUCUAUGCCUUCAUCAUGUCCAUAUUUAUUGUGAUCAUCCUGGUUUGGGUAGCUCUGUUUGCACAGUUUAUUGUGUGCUGUUACCUCACUUGCUGUGCCAAGACCGUAUCCUCUGGUGGAGUUAUUUUGCAUCCUACCCAGCAACCCAUGCUGGCUACCAAUGAUUCCCAGCAGUAUGGGUCCCCCGCCUAUGGCUCUCAACCUAACGCCCCACUGCAGGAAUAUUACCCUCCUCAAACCAAUGCUUAGGUCUAGGACUGUCUACAAGCACACUGAAUCACCUUGACAACAACCACAAUGUUGGAAUACUGGAUGGAGUCGGCAGUACACAGUGUCAAGACGCUGAGGAUAAUGGUGGCAGUGUACCCUUACUAUGUACUAACCUUCAUUUACUGUAACUUUUGUUAAAGAGAGUAGGCUUUUCUUCUGUUGAUUGUUAGUCCUAGUUUGUUUAAUGCAAGAAUAUACAUUUAAUAUCACCAGUCUUUGUUUUCUGAAAACAUAUCUUAGAAAGGAAUAGCCUGUGUUUUAUAUAUAUAUAUAUUUAUAUAUAUAUGUAUAUCAAUCAUUCAAGCUACAGCCCUGGAAACUAAAAUGUACAACUAUGCCAGGGAUAAGUUUUUUUUUUCCUUUUAAUUGAAAUAAUUUUUUGUAUUUAAAAUUAUUGCUUACAGACGUGAAUUUUACUUUGUUGUGUGAUCAAUUUUUUGAGGUAUUUUCUCAACAUUUACAAAGGCAGAAUCUCUGUACAUUAAUUUUUUUUAUUAUUAAUCUCUUGUUUAACUAAUCAAUUUUUAAGCAUAAAAUAAUGUGUUCCUGUAUUUUAACAUUUGUAUUCCCCUUGAACCCCUGAAAUUGAUUCAUGGAGUUUGUUUCUUUAAGAUCUUUAGCUCCUUGCAGCUCAUAUCUUUAUACAAUCUUAUAGUGCCAUUCUGUUCUGUAAGAUACAACUUGUGCUUUUUAACUUGUAUAUACCAAGGUGUAUUUUCCUUUUUGUCUUACAUUUAUUAUGCAAUACACUGUGGUGUGGGUUUGUUUUUUUACAGUUGUGUUCUUUACAUUGCAAUAUUUAAAAAUACCUGGAGAGAAACUCCGGUUUUUUACUGUGUGAAGCCUAUAACAGUGCAUGGUCUAGAAUUAGAAAACAAGAUAUUUUGUCAUCUAUUUAAUGGCAUAAUCAUUCAUAGAAGAUCAUUUAUUAUACUUAUUGUUCUUAAAAAUGUAUUGUGUAUUUUUAACAUUUUUAAAGUUGUUAGUUAUGAAUGCAAUAAUCACAUUUGUGAUUAUUUGAAUGUGCUUUAAAUACUCUUUUAUCCUGAUUCUUAAUAUAAAGUAUUAUGGAAUGUAUACAUCCAUUUAUAAGAGGGUCAACCAUGCUUAUUUACAUAACAUACUCAUAGGCCCUCACACUUAAUUAAUUAAGUAAAUGUCCAUGUGACCUACCAUCAGAGGACAAUGCAAGUUAGUUUUAACACCACCUGCACAAGGGUAAGAUGGCACCAUGCCUGUACUGGCCAGGUACUUGCUCAAACUUGUCUCCUAAUUCUAUUUUAAUACAUUGUUUUUUUAAAGGCUAGGUCAAUGAAGUUACCAUUGUAGUGCAAUAACUGAGACUAUAGGGCAGGCCAGAUCAAACAGUCUAGUCUAUAAUCCAUUUUAUUUUUUACUCUACUAAUUUGGGCAGCUGAUUGUUGACUAAAUGUGAUAUAUCUUCAUGUAAUCUUGUGUAUACUUCUAGUCAUUGUCUACACUGUUGUACAUCUGAAUUUUUUUAUUUAUAUACAGUGAUGUAAUCCCAGCUCUAUUCUCUUGGUGACAUGUCUUGUAUUAAUUGCUUCUAUUUUUAGCACAGUUGUAAAGUGUCAGUAUUUUUAUUUUAAGCACAAUUGUAAAGUGUCAGCAUUUAAUUUUUUGAUAACUUUACUUUUUAUUUGGUAUUUGAAAUAUUGUUGUGAACUAAUGUGUAUUCAAUCCCUUGAGGGUAAGAAUGCUAAUCCAUUCAAAGCUCCUGAGAACCUAGUAACAAAUGGCUGUUGGACUAUUUUUAUACCCCUUGCAUCCAACAUCUUAAAAAAGGGUGGCAACGGUGAAAAAUCCCCCUUUAAAAUUUCAUACGGUUAAAUUUGUCAGAACUACAUUGAAUAUGUAAAUGAUAGAGAAAAUAACUAUUUGACUCUUCAAAUGUCAAUGUUUGAAGUUAACUGCUCCACCACACCACCCUAAGAGGUUGUGUCUACCUGCAAACCACUUUUGUACCCCAGGGAAUGUUUACAUAUUUAAUUAUUUAUGGAAAAGCAAUAUUUACAUGUGUGGUUUUUUUUUUACACAUUGUAAUUAUCAAUUUUGGGUGUAACUGUAUUAUUUUUUUACUCCUUGUUGGCACACAUUUACCUUCAAAAGGAAGAAAUUAAUAGAAAUGAAAGAGCUUGUAGUGGUGAAACAAUUUUUUCAUUGUUUUGUUCAAAGCGGACUCUAAUUUCUUGAAUCAAUUUCUUGACUGUUUAUGUCAACUAUUAUUUUGGUCCAUUUCCGUUAUAGAAAGGUGUAAUACAUAAUUAGCUUUGCAUUAGAAAGGUAGAGUGCAGCUACUUACCUCUCACAUGUACUUAAUGAACAGAUGGGGAAGUCAGUUGUACUUGGUUGACCACUCCACAGCUGUUGUGUAUGAACUCAUUGAAGUUACAUUGUUAAGUGGAGCAAAGCUUAUUCCCUUUUCUAUGCAACUGUAGGCUUGGUCUAGGGUUUGCUUUUUAUUUUAUUAGGGUCUUGUUGUAAGUUAUUUUAAAAUUAUACAUUAAUUUUUACAAGAAUGACCUCAAGCAUUCAGAUUAGGUGCCUGGGUGUACUUUUUGCAGUCAAUGAGCAAUACAGCAUACUCUACUUUUUUUUUUAAAACAAGUCAUUAAACCUUUCUAAUAAAGAAGAGCGUUUGACUUGAGAAAAGAUCAAAGCACAUUCAACUUGUUCAAUCAGUUAUAAAUGAAAGAGAAGAUAGUUGGACAGGGGCGUCUAUGCUGUUGCUUUCAGGCUGUUAUUAUUAUUUUAUACUGUUUGCUCAGUGCUAGCAUUAAGGCACAGACACGUUUAGUUAAAGAUGUUGUAAAACUAUUUUUGUUAUACUGUUUGCUCAGAGUUCAGACUUAGGUACACGUGUCUGACGCAACUGCUCAUUUGCUAAGUUUUUGUCUGUGCGUGAGCUAGCACAGUUAAUUAUUUUUUCAAAUCUAUCUGCAUGUUUAUCCUCAAGUAUUUUCUAAUACAUUUUGUAUCCAAUAAAGUUGGGCUUAUUUGCAAAAGUUUGAACAUACAAUUACAUUUUAUAUCCAAUACAGUUGGGCUGUUUUGCAAAAGUUUGAACAUACAAUUUCAUCAAAAUCAAACUAAACAAGUAAUCAAAACAUGUUUAGUUGUAAAGGCAUGAAAAGACUGCCAUUUUCUGUGGAGAGGUUUGGUGUUGUAGAAGAAAUGAUCUGUGCUGAAACAUGUUGCCUCUUGUGUGUGCUCUUACUGUCCUGUGUGUUCUAUAUCCAAAUAACACAUCUACCUGCUUGUUCAGAUACUUAGUGGAAGAAGUGACAUAUUUGUGAGUUACCUUUCCUUGCUUGAACAGAAUGAAAAAAAAAACUAAUUUUCUGAGGUCAGCUGACUAGUAAACCUAAUUUGUGCUAAUCCACAGCUGCAAACAUGUUAAAAUACCAAACACAGAAGUAAAGAUCAAUUCAAAAAAUGUAUACAUUUGUUUGGAGAAAAUGUGUACAUGAAUUAAUUCUAGUCAUCUUAAUGAUGAGAGAAAUUGAUCCCAGAAUUAGUACAUUUGUUUUUGUUUAGAUAAUUCAAUUACAGGCAGCGAAAUGACAUUUAGGUUUCAUCUUGAAGUUUUUAAGUGCUUAGUCCUUAGCUUUAUCUUCACCAUUGGGUGCCGUAUUUACAUUCUAAUGAUAUUAAAUUUUUCAUAUUUUUUAUAAGCAAUCUUAUUUUUUUUCUAUAGUAAUUGCAACUGUAAUUGUUUUCAAUGAUAUUGAGUGGCUAUAACUGUUUUCAAUGAUAUUGAGUGUCUACUUUAUCUUUCAAUACUCAUCUCAGUAUAACGCUUUUUGUGCUCCCGUGAAUUCUAGCGUGGACAUUUCAAUGUUAGCUACUGUCAGAGGUUUUUUUUAGCAACAAAUGUAAUAAAUGGGCUGUUGUAACGGUGAA